AUGAAGAUCCCACUGUGGUGCCUGCUGGUUCUGCUUCCAUGUUUCGUCACCCCUGCACGCGCUGACUGUCAGGGGGAGUGUGUGGCGUGUGGUUUGCUCCUGCAGCAGCAACAGCAGGAAGCCUUUAACACCAUGGUGUGCUUGUUAGAGUGCAGGGGUCAGGUGUCCUCCUCGCUCACCUGGGAGUUGUGUGAACGUACCCUGAAGCUCGCCAUCUAUCCUCCAUUUGCCGAGGAAGGUGCCCUGCUCAAAAGCACGGCGGGAGAGCUGCAGAUAGAUCUGACCUCGGAUAGCGACCUGCAAUCUGCAGCCGCGCAGCCUUUCCGAGAGGAGGAUGAGGAUCUGGAUGAGGGGCCCUUUGAGCAGCGCCGCGUCCAUUAUGACUCAUCGCUGCUCGAAUCCUCAGAGGUGGGCGAGGACGUUCAGAGUCUGGCUCUCCUGGAUGACGACGAGGGCGAGCAGAGGGAAGGCGGCGAUGUCAGCCAGCAGGAUGAAAGCACAGAGGCCCUCAGCUUAUCCAAACGCUUUGGCGGCUUUCAGCGGGGCCGCCACGGGUACAGGAAGUUUAUCAGCUCCCCCGCUAGACACCUACAAAAGCGCUACGGAGGCUUCGUAGGUGUCCGCAAAUCUGCCCGAAAAUGGAAGAAAACGGGGCAGAAACGGGUCAACCAGCUGCUCAGGCAGUACCUCGGCCUGAGGAGCAGCCGCAGCGGCCGCUUCAACAUCACCCCUGUGACAAGAGCGUGGAGGCAAAACAAACUGUAA